AUGAGGACAAUUUUGGCCAGCAUUCUGGUCAGUACAUGCUUGCAGACUCUCUCGGGAGUUAUCGUGGUUCGGCUGGGGGCCCAUGACUUUCUUUUGGAUGAUGUGAUCCGCCUGAAGGAGGUGAUGGAUGACGAGAUCUUUGAGAGACCACGUUUUACCUACAUGGGCACCCGGUCAUUCUGCAACAACACAAACCUCCCCGAACCGUUUAGGCCAAUCUGCACCAAGGGAGACGCUCCCCAGGUCUUCUACACGCUGAGGCAGAUUGCUACAAAUCCUUAUCCUUGCACCAUCUGUGCCUUCAUUGCUUGCAUUGGCUGCAGCUAA